GUACCUUUUCCCCUAUCACGUCAUUGAGAACGCACCAACCUAAAUCAAUCUUGUAGUCAUUACAUUCUCUUUCAAAUCCCAUAACCUCUCUUAUCACAUUAUCACACAUACAUUAUACGGAGUACUAUCUAUAUAAUUAAAUAAAUACUCGUAUAAUUUUCUGACACAUGCACUAUAUAUAUAAACAUACUAUAAACUAGAUUCACAACAAAAGCCUUUGAUUAACUAUUUCCAUGGGAGAGUUCAAUAUUGGAGUAGCUCUCCAUAACUUGAAUGAACAUGGAAUGAUGAGUUUCAGCAGCCCAGGGUUUGAAGAAAUGAACAGCCCUAACCACCAAAGGGCUCCUUUUCAGUGCUUCAACAGUGGAAUCCAAAUCCCAAUUGGUGAUCAGCCAUCUCCCCUCUUCUUUUCAUUGGAUGAUGAAUCAGCAGCAGCAGGAGGUACAAGUCAUGGAUGCGCAAUCAAUGUUAAUUCCAUCCAAGAAUCCGAGGCGGUUUUCAUCACUAAUAAUCCACCCUAUCCAAUUAAGAGUUAUGGCCGUAGGAAGAGGAGGAGGAGCAAUGAAAAGGGAGGUGAUGGGAAGCCUAAAGAAGUUGUUCAUGUAAGAGCAAAAAGAGGGCAAGCUACUGAUAGCCAUAGCUUGGCUGAAAGGCAAAGAAGAGAAAAAAUAAAUGAAAAGCUCAAAUCUUUGCAAGGUUUGGUUCCUGGCUGUUAUAAGACUAUGGGAAUGGCCGUAAUGCUGGACGUAAUAAUCAACUACAUAAGAUCACUGCAGAAUCAAAUUGAUUUCCUUUCCAUGAAACUCUCAGCAGCAAGUUUAUUCUAUGACUUCAACACAUCAGAUAUGGAUGCAAUGGACAUUAUACAUCAGGGAACAAAUAUGUAUGAAACUCAAGAGAUGGGAAAAGCUAUUGUGAAUGGGUAUGGUGGCUUUCCACCUCAGUUCCAAACGUCUUGGCCUCUUUAGUUGUACUUUCUGGUUGUUGAAUUGAAUUCAGAUCCACUCCAUACUUAUAUAUCGACAGAGAGAUACUACAUCAAUCAAUAUACUAAUAAUAUACUUAAAUAGCAUCAAAAUAAAUAACCUCUUAAUUUUUCUUUGAUUUUAAGUCAUAUAUGGACAUCACACUACAACAAUUGUCUGGAUCGGAAGAACGUAACAUGGCGUAUAAACUGGCGGCUUCAGCACUACUUGUUUAAUGUUAACUAUAUUAAAGUCUCACACCGGAAAAUUGUGAAGUAGCAAAGUGCUAUAUUAACACAUGUGUUAUUCCCUCUAACAGGUUGACUUUUUAGGAUGGAACCCUGAGUCUUAACAUGGUAUCAGAGCCAAAUUGAUCCAUGGUGUGGGCCCCAGAUGGAAUGUAUAAUUCGCCGUGAGGCUGCUUUGCAUUCCUUCAAUAUUUAUAUACAUUUACAAUGCUUAUCUCUUCACAGUAGUAUACAUCUUGUGAGAGUCUACUAGCUACGUAAGUGGUUAAAUAAAGAGAGACUUGCGGCUCAUACAACAAACUGUAAAGAUGAUAAACUACAACAUUUUAUAUAAUGAAAUAUUAAAUAAUUAAUGGCAGCCGCAUAGGAUAAUUACGGCUGACCAGUUUGAC